GAUUGACUAAAAAUAAGUUCUUUUUAGAGAGAGAAAUUGAGAGACUGCCGCUGUCUGCUUACGUCAAACCAAGGCCUUUCCUUUCCCCCUUUCUCUUUUUGGAUUUUAACAGUUAUUUUUGUUUUGCAUUUUAGCUCACUGAAGAAGCUAAAGAUUUGUGAUUUUUGAGCUGAUUAUUGAGGGAUAAAGCAGCUGCAAAAACGGCGAUAAUUGUGGGAAGUGUUGGUUCUUUAUUAUAGGGCUUUGAUGGUGGUUGAGAUAGGUAGUCGUAAUUGGGAAUGAAGAUGGUGUUUUGGCCAAAUUGCAAGAGCUUGACUAGAAAGGCUUCGAUUUGUGCGGAGUUGGGUUUCUAACCAAAUAAUCUCUGUCUCCAGCAAUUGAGAUUGUGGGAAGUCUAUCACGUGACCUGUUUUCAUUCAAUUGCCACCUAAAUUUGGUGCUGCAGUCUUACAGGGGAUUUUGAAUUGUUUAUAUUAUGGCACACCUCGCAGCAGCUUAUUUUGCUUCAGAACCAUCCCGAGGAGCCUCAAAUGAAACUCUGUACAAAGAACUCUGGCAUGCCUGUGCUGGGCCUCUUGUCACCCUUCCGCAUGAAGGGGAACGAGUUUAUUACUUUCUGCAAGGUCACAUGGAACAGCUUGAAGCAUCAACCAAUCAAGUACUCGAUCAGCAACUCCCUUCUUUCAACUUACCAAGUAAAAUUCUUUGCAAAGUGAUAAAUGUUCAGCUAAGGGCUGAAAAGGAGACUGAUGAGGUGUACGCACAAAUAACAUUGAUUCCUGAACAAGAUCAAAGUGAGAUCACCAGUCCAGAUCCGCCUCUACCUGAACCUCCGAGAUGCACUGUCCAUUCAUUUUGUAAGGCUCUUACUACUUCUGAUACAAGCACACACGGUGGGUUCUCGGUUUUACGAAGGCAUGCUGAUGAUUGUUUACCUCCAUUGGAUAUGUCUCAGCAACCGCCUUGGCAGGAGUUGGUAGCUUCUGAUCUUCAUGGCGACCAGUGGCAUCUCCGUCAUAUCUACCGAGGUAAAAAUCUUGUUUAUCAGUUUUGGAUGCUCAAGAGCGCUUGGUGGUUGAAUGCUGGUUCCUGGUUACAAUUGAAUGGUGGUGUUGCAACUUUUUGCCAACCAAGGCGCCACUUACUGACUACAGGAUGGAGUAUCUUUGUUAGUGCCAAAAAAUUGGUUGCAGGAGAUAUUUUUAUCUUCUUAAGGACGAGUCCAUCUGAAUUCAUAGUAAGUGUAAACAAGUAUCUUGAAGCUAAAAACCAGAAGCUCACGGUUGGGAAGAGGUUUAGGAUGAGAUUUGAAGGCGACGAGAUUCCAGAAAGAAGGUUCACUGGGACAAUUGUUGGUGUUGAGGAUCAUCCUUCAUCCAGGUGGCCUGAUUCUGAAUGGAGAUCGUUGAAGGUCCAAUGGGAUGAGCCUUCCUCAAUCUUGCGUCCAGACAGAGUAUCACCAUGGGAGAUAGAGCCAGUUGUGGCUUCGAAUUCGCCUAACUUACUAACUCAACAAAGAAAGAAACGGCCACAUAUGCCCAUGUUAGCUUCUCCUGUGCAAGAAUUAUCUGCAACAGGUACAUGGAAGCCACAAGCCGAAUCACCUUCAGCAUUCUCCUAUAAUGUUUCUUGUCAUGAACGAGACCCAUGUCAAUCACCAAAACAAGCUUGUCAGCAUGAUCUCGCCACUAAGAGUCAUGGCGAAAGUAUCAGAAACUCAGUGUACCAAUCUAAUCAACUAGAAAAUGCUGCAGAGUCAUUUGCACCUGUUAAUAAAAAGAGACAGGGGAGGGGCUGCAGGCUCUUUGGUAUUGACUUGAAAGGCCAUUCGGAUGAAGAAGACACUGCUACACGAUCAGUCUCUUCCCGAGAUGCUGUCGAGGAUUCUCAUAUUGCUAUGUUGGAUAAUGAAUUUGAGCAACAUUUAGGGCCAUCAAACCGCAAUCUUUCUGGUGUUCCCUCAGGAAGUUAUGAUCUCGACAAGUUUUGCCUCAGAACAUCUCAUGAGCAGUACAAUAAGCAAACUCGGAGUUGCACUAAGGUUCAUAUGCAAGGUGCUGCAGUUGGGAGAGCACUAGACCUGACCGGGUUCAAGUCCUAUGAGGAUCUAAUCAAGAAAUUAGAAGAUAUGUUCGAAAUUGAAGGUGAACUUUCAGGGUCAACCAAGAAAUGGAAGCUUGUCUACACAGAUGUUGAAGAUGACAUGAUGAUGGUUGGAGAUGAUCCAUGGCACGAGUUUUGCUCGAUGGUGAAGAAGAUUUAUAUCUACACGACAGAGGAAGCCAAGAGGCUUUCGCCAAAGAUUAAACUUCCCAUUGAUGAGUUCAAAUCAGGGACGAGCCUUCCAAAUGCUACCGUCGAAACUGAAGAACAGUCUUCCGCUGUGGGGUGCGGCAAAUGAUACACUGCUUGUCUUUCAGUACAUAUAAUAUACUUAAGAAACAGUCAAGGCAAAGAAAGAAGAAGACGAGUUGCAGAAAGAGAGAUAAUGGAGUCAACCAGGAUUUUGACUGUUCUGUUGGGUUACGAUAAUGUUGUGCACCAUAGAUGUACUGUGAUGGGAUAUGCCUGGUUGGAGUAUUUAUGCAGUUGUUAGAAUGUGCUGGGAUGGUUUUGUUUUUGUAUUUGUGUCAGUUGCCAGGAUUUUAUUAAUUUGAUGCUUAUACUUUUAUGCAUCUCCUUUAGGUUCAAGCAAGUCUCUGAAAGGUUUAUACUCAAAUGACGUUUGUAUGUAAAUAAAGGUGUUUUUUGUUGUUCCUUCUCUCG